AUGCCGCGGUCAGUUGCCACGUCAGCUCCGCGCUUCCCCGCAAUUCUCUCCCGUCCUCCCCUUCCGCUCAUCAUCGGCGCGCUUUUCGCGCUGCUUCUCCUCGAGCUCUUCCUCUCCUCGCCGCCCACGCCGUCGCUACCGACAACCGUUCCCGUCCAUGACAGGCUGGCAAAUUUCCAUCCUGUCAGCGAGGUGCGGUGGGCCAUCAUCGGGUGUGGCGAUGUGACAGAGAAGAAAUCCGGCCCCGCGCUUUCACUCAUUCCCUCGUCCCGCCUCGUGGCUGUCAUGCGCCGCAACGCCACUCUCGCUCAGGACUAUGCCCAACGCCACCACGUGCCCAGGUGGUCAACGAAUGCAGAGGAGACGAUCAAUGAUGCCGAUGUGAAUGCCGUCUACAUCGCCACUCCCCACCGAUACCACAAGCAAUACGCCAUCAUGGCGGCGCAGGCAGGGAAGCCAGCCUACGUGGAGAAGCCAAUGGGAAUGAGCCACGUGGACAGCUCUGAGAUCCUCUCUGCCUUCCAGCGCGCCAAGCUGCCUCUCUUUGUCGCCUACUACCGCCGCGCCCUGCCCAACUUCCUCAGGGUGUGUGCUUAG